CUUUGCGUCAUCAUCAUCUCCGUUGCCCCGUUUAUCGCCGGUCGGCAAAAGCAUGGAUUUAAGGAAGAAAGCGUCGCUUCUUUCCAUUUCUCUGGCUCCGUGCUCCUUGCCUGCUCGGCCGUCAAAAUUGACAUCACAUUCUGCCAGUUCAACUCUGCUCCAACUCGGGCGGAAUCUACCGAACUCGACUUUGGCUCACACCCCUACAUAGUCGACCUCUCUCUCUCUCUUUCUCUCCCUCUUUCUGCAUCGCUCCAGCUCCAGUCUGAAACUGUCAUCAAAGGCCGCUAUCUCUUCUACACAGCGGGCUCACCUCUUGUCCCCCACUUGAUUUUCCUAAUCUUCCGACGCCCGAUUUCCCUGGCCAGGGUAGACCUUCGACACAUGCUCGUCCACUUUCUCUUUCAGAUUGGCCGCCUCUACACUGAAGCCGGUAACACUCCCACGUCUUCGCCUUUUCUCUCAUUUCUGACUCUCUUUCAUCGCCCGGAAGGGCCUUCUUGCCCUCAAACCGCGUGGAGGCAAUUGAGACCUGACUGGAAAACCUUACUCUUCCAAGCGCUCUGA